AUGUUCACCUUCCAACUACUUUGGGUAGCACUCGCUGCCAUCUUUGUACGUCUUCUAUUAACUGGCAGAAGACCCAAGAACUAUCCUCCAGGACCACCCACGCUACCUAUUCUCGGUAACAUCCACAUGAUGCCCAAGCGAGAUGCUCACUUGCAAUUCCGCAAAUGGGCAGAUGAGUACGGUCCUAUUUAUAGCUUGAUCCUAGGCACCAAGCCGUUUAUUGUUCUUUCGAGUGCUCAGGCCGUCAAGGAUCUGCUAGAUAAAAAGAGUGCACUAUACUCUGAUCGGCAGGAGAUGUAUGUCGGCCAAACAAUCGGUAGCGGAGGCCUGCGACUUCUGAUGAUGGGUUAUGGCCCAACUUGGAGAUCAUUCCGUAAAUUGGUGCACUCACUUCUCAAUGUGACCGCAGCCAAAAGCUAUGUUCCAUAUCAAGACCUCGAGAACAAGCAGAUGCUGUACGAGAUGGUUAUCCAGCCUGACCAAUUCCUCCAAAGCAUUCGACGAUACUCAAAUGCACUCACAACUACAAUGGUCUUUGGCUGGCGAUCACCCAUCUACCACGACCCAAAGCUCAUGCAGUUGUUCGAUGGCUUCUCUGAGUUUGCCGAUCUUAACCAGACGGGUAUUGCUGCUCUUCUUGAGUCGUUCCCACUUCUGAGAAAGCUACCCGACUUUUUGGUGCCAGUCCAACGAAAAGCCAAAGAGCUUCACCAAAAAGAAAAGGACUUGUAUGUCAGCCACUGGCUGAAGGCAAAGAAAGAUAUAGCGAACGGCACCAUCAAACCAUGUUUCUGCGUGGGUUUAGCGGAGGCGCAGGAGAAAGGCAACUUUGACGAUGCUCAGGCCGCUUAUAUCUCUAGGACGCUUCUUGAGGCUGGAUCGGAUACGACGUCCAGCACGCUCUAUGCAUUUGUCCAGGCAAUGCUCCUAUAUCCCGAGAUCUAG